UUGUCUCUUCUUCCCAGAAGCCCUUAUCUGCUUAUAGCUUGUUUCACUUCAACAAAAUUUUCAACUUACUUUUGGGUCUUGAGGGGAUUUUCGUUUUCAAUUUUCCUUCGUUUUCUUGAUCAGGGUUUAUUUGAUUAGGGGCUCUCUUUCUUCCUUGGAAAGAGAGGUUUCUGUUUCUUGAUCUCUCAGAGAUUUGUUGAAGAGAGUAAAAAGAAAAAAGUAUAACAAAAUGGUAAGAAGAGCUUCUUCUCCAUCUUCAUCACCAGUAACUGUAACUGUUUCAUCAUCAGGAGGAGGUAUUAGAAGCAUGGGCUUAACAAGUCCAGUACCACGUGCUUCAAUAUCAAACAAUCCUAAUUCUCCUCUCAGUAGUAGAGGAAAUCGUGCUUCCAGCGGUGGGAAUAGGGCUUCAAGUGGAGGAAGAUAUGUUUCAAUGUCGAGAGACGAUGCCACGGAAGAGAUGAGUUCAGAAUUUGUGACAUACACAGUUCAUAUACCUCCCACCCCUGAUCACCAGCCUAUGUCUGCCUCACAAAUAAGCCUCAAUGAUACAAAGAAUGAGCCCAAACCUGAGAGAAGUUUCAUUUCAGGUACUAUUUUUACUGGAGGGUUCAAUUCAGUGACUAGGGGACAUGUUAUUGACUGUUCUUUAGAAAAAACCGAACCUGGUAAAUUAGGGUUGAUUUGUGGAAUGAAAGGUUGUGAUGAGAAAGCAAUGCAAAAUAAAUGUGAAUGUGGGUUCAAGAUUUGUAGCGAUUGUUAUUUGGAUUGUAUUGGAAGUGGAGGAGGGCAUUGUCCUGGGUGCAAAGAACCAUACAAGGAUGUCUCUGAUGGAGAUACUGAGGAUGAGGUCAUGUCUGAGGCAGAGGACCAAGCUUUGCCAUUGCCUUCAGUGGCGGAUUUCAAGUUGGACAAGAGGCUUUCACUUGUGAAAUCAUUUAAGGCGCAAAAUCAUCCACCUGAUUUUGAUCACACUCGCUGGUUGUUUGAGACAAAGGGGACAUAUGGUUAUGGGAAUGCUGUUUGGCCGAAAGAUGGGUUUGGUGUUGGAUCUGGAGCUAAUGGAUUUGAGCAUCCCCCAGAUUUUGGGGAGAGAAACAGGAGACCGUUGACAAGGAAGACGGGGGUUUCUGCUGCAGUUAUUAGUCCAUACAGACUUAUUAUUAUGAUUCGUUUAGUUGCUCUCGGUUUCUUUCUUACAUGGAGAGUUCGACACCCCAAUCGUGAUGCAAUGUGGUUAUGGGGGAUGUCAAUAACUUGUGAGCUCUGGUUUGCCUUUUCAUGGCUUCUUGAUCAACUCCCUAAGCUUUGCCCUGUCAACAGAAUUACUGACCUUUCUGUUCUCAAAGACCGUUUUGAAUCCCCCAACCUUCGUAACCCCAAAGGACGAUCUGACCUUCCUGGUAUUGAUGUAUUUGUCUCCACAGCUGACCCAGAAAAAGAACCACCUCUUGUCACAGCAAACACCAUUCUGUCAAUCCUUGCUGUUGAUUAUCCAGUAGAAAAACUUGCUUGCUAUCUAUCUGAUGAUGGUGGCGCUCUUUUGACAUUUGAAGCUCUUGCAGAGACCGCUAGCUUUUCAAGAAUUUGGGUUCCUUUUUGUCGAAAGCAUAAAAUAGAACCGAGGAAUCCUGAGGCAUAUUUUGGGCAGAAGCGUGAUUUUCUUAAGAAUAAAGUAAGGCUGGAUUUUGUUAGAGAAAGGAGAAGAGUGAAGAGAGAAUAUGAUGAGUUCAAGGUAAGGAUCAACUCAUUACCAGAAUCCAUAAGGAGGAGAUCUGAUGCUUAUAAUGCCCACGAAGAGCUUCGAGCAAAGAAGAAACAGGUAGAGAUGGGGGGAAAUUCUUCAGAGUCUGUUAGGGUUCCAAAGGCUACGUGGAUGUCAGAUGGUUCUCAUUGGCCCGGAACUUGGACUUCUGCAGAAACAGACCACUCAAGAGGGGAUCAUGCUGGUAUAAUUCAGGCAAUGCUAGCUCCACCGAAUGCAGAACCAGUUUUGGGGGCAGAAGCAGAUGGCGAGAACUUGAUUGACACAACAGAAGUUGAUAUUAGGCUGCCAAUGUUGGUUUAUGUAUCUCGUGAGAAGAGGCCAGGUUAUGAUCACAAUAAGAAAGCUGGAGCCAUGAAUGCUUUAGUAAGAACCAGCGCUAUCAUGUCAAAUGGUCCAUUUAUUCUCAAUCUUGAUUGUGAUCACUACAUUUAUAAUUCUCUCGCUUUGAGAGAAGGAAUGUGCUUUAUGCUGGAUAGAGGUGGGGAUAGGAUCUGCUAUGUUCAGUUCCCACAAAGGUUUGAGGGGAUAGAUCCGAAUGACCGGUAUGCAAAUCACAAUACAGUGUUCUUUGAUGUGACCAUGAGGGCUCUAGAUGGUUUACAAGGACCAAUGUAUGUAGGCACAGGCUGCAUUUUCAGGAGAACUGCUCUCUAUGGGUUUAGUCCUCCUAGAACCACAGAACACCGUGGAUGGUUUGGCAGAAGGAAGAUUAAGUUGUUUUUGAGAAAACCCAAGGUCGAAAAGAAGGUAGAGGAUGAGAUAGCUUUGCCCAUUAAUGGGGAACACAAUGAUGAUGAUGAGGAUGCAGAUAUUGAAUCAUUGCUUCUUCCCAGAAGGUUUGGGAACUCUACUUCUCUGGCUGCAUCUAUCCCAGUGGCAGAAUAUCAGGGAAGGCUGCUUCAAGAUUUGCAAAGCAAGGGUAACCAAGGCAGGCCAGCUGGUUCUCUUGCUGUGCCUCGUGAACCUUUGGAUGCUGCUACGGUUGCAGAAGCAAUAAGUGUUAUCUCUUGCUUCUAUGAGGACAAAACUGAGUGGGGAAAAAGGGUUGGGUGGAUAUAUGGUUCUGUAACAGAAGAUGUAGUGACAGGUUAUCGCAUGCACAAUAGAGGAUGGAGAUCUGUGUACUGUGUAACCAAAAGGGAUGCAUUUCGGGGAACAGCUCCGAUAAAUCUUACCGACAGGCUCCAUCAAGUCCUUCGAUGGGCAACCGGAUCUGUUGAGAUCUUUUUCUCGAGGAACAAUGCACUUUUUGCCAGUCCCAGAAUGAAAUUCUUGCAGAGAGUAGCAUACUUCAACGUGGGAAUGUACCCUUUCACGUCUAUGUUUCUCCUAGUCUAUUGCAUCCUUCCUGCAGUGUCUCUAUUCUCCGGACAGUUCAUAGUACAAUCCCUAAGUGUAACCUUUCUUAUCUUCUUGUUGGCCAUCACAAUCACCUUAUGCAUGCUUGCUCUCCUAGAAAUCAGAUGGUCUGGAAUUACUCUUCAUGAUUGGUGGCGAAACGAACAGUUUUGGUUGAUCGGUGGGACAAGUGCCCAUCCUGCAGCUGUUUUGCAAGGACUGUUGAAGGUCGUUGCAGGAGUUGACAUCUCGUUCACAUUGACGUCUAAAUCUGCCGCACCUGAAGAUGGAGAUGAUGAGUUUGCGGAGCUUUAUGAGGUUAGGUGGAGCUUCUUAAUGGUUCCUCCGAUAACAAUCAUGAUGGUAAACUCGAUUGCAAUUGCAGUGGGUAUAGCAAGAACCAUGUACAGCCCAUUUCCACAGUGGAGUAAGCUUGUUGGAGGAGUGUUCUUUAGCUUCUGGGUUUUAUGCCAUCUCUACCCAUUUGCCAAGGGAUUACUGGGGAGGAGAGGUAAGGUUCCAACCAUUGUCUUUGUGUGGUCUGGACUGCUCUCUAUCAUUAUAUCUUUGCUUUGGGUGUACAUAAACCCUCCAUCCGGAAGGCAAGAAGAUUACAUGAAGUUCCAGUUCCCUUGAAGCUGCUGCAGCAGAAUUAAGUGAAGUUUCUCAACUUGACUUUGUAGGAUAGUCCACUGGUUUGUAUUCUAUUAUUUGUAAUGUAAUGAAUUUGAGUUUAGCUUCUUCAAUGCUUUUUAUUGUUGGUUUACUUUUAGUAGUUCCUAUGGAAAAUUGGAAAUGGAAAUGGAUAAUUUCUAUCAG